AUGUGCAUUGUGUUAGGAAGCCUCGUUAAAUACAAGGAGACUCCCAUAGUGAAAGCCAACAACCGGGACCUCUCCUAUAUACUCCUCUUCUCCCUUCUGCUUUCCUUUCUCUCCUCCUUCCUCUUUAUUGGGAGGCCAAGGAAAGUGACUUGCCUUCUCCGACAAACAACCUUCAGCAUCAUCUUCUCGGUUGCCGUCUCUUCUGUUUUGGCAAAAACCAUCACUGUGGUUCUGGCCUUCCUGGCCACAAAGCCAGGGAACAAGGUGAGGAGAUGGCUGGGGAAAAGUCUGGCCAACUCCAUUGUCAUUUGCUGUUCCAGUGUCCAAGUGAUCAUCUGUGCCAUCUGGUUGGGAAUCUCUCCCCCAUUCUCAGACUCAGACAUGAGGUCCCAACCUGGGCAGAUCAUCCUGCAAUGCAAUGAAGGGUCUGUGGGCAUGUUUUAUGGUUCCCUUGGCUACAUGGGCUUCCUGGCAGCCAUCUGCUUCACGGUGGCUUUCCAAGCUAGAAAGCUUCCAGGGUCCUUCAAUGAAGCCAAGCUGAUCACCUUCAGCAUGCUGUUGCCGUGA